AUGACUGCUCUGCUUCCCAACGUCACUGUUCCUGGAAGUACAGCAGUUCUGCUGCCGACUACAGACUGUCUGUUUAACCUGACUGCAGCUGCUCAGGCAGGACUCGGUUCAGGCCAGUCACUGGCCCCUCUCUGCACCCUGUGUUGCUGUGGAUUUCUAAAUCGUACUUUGGCAGUGGUGUUCAUGGUCAGCCUGGCAUUUGCCAUCGUGGUUGGAAAUGUGAUCACCCUCACUGUCUUUGUGCAAACAAGGCAGUCCCGAACACCACAGGGAUACCUGAAAGUGUCUCUGGCCAUAGCAGACAUGAUGGUCGGUGUCCUCGUGGUCCCUUUCUCCGUCUACACUGAGAUUUCUCUGAUGGUGACCAGCUCACCUCCUAUUUGGUACCAGGGUAGUUCUACUUCCCCAGCCACCUCCAGUUCUUUCGGGGGACUGGUGAGUCCUUGGCAGCCCUGCAUGCUGAUUGGCCCUGUGUUUGCUGGAUGCACCUUUGUCUCCAUCAGCACCAUCUUCCUCAUGACACUGGAGCGAAGCGUGGCCAUCCUGUGGCCACUCCACAAGGACGCCUUGGUGACCCGGAGACGAACUCUGCUUCUCAUCCUGCUCUCCUGGGCUGCCAGCUUCCUGCUGGCUCUUGCACCCCUCAUCUUCAGCAGCAACUUCACUUUGGAGUACAAUGAGUGCAGUCGUAUGUGUAACUACUCCCCACUAUUGUUCGGAAGCCAGCUGCCACCUGAUGCCAACAUUUUGCUGUUAUUCCCAGCAUUUGACUUCACACUGCUCGGUGGCACAUUAGCAGUAAACAUUGUGUCUUUCACUAGCAUCCGACAGUACUCCCGAAAACGCAAACUGCUUUCAGAGGGGAGUCUGAGUGACGCAGGGGGAGGAGCGGGAGGGUGCUCUCACAGGCCCUCCUUUUCAGACAUCAAAGCUGCCAAGACAAUUGGCAUACUUACAUUCGCCUUCACAGCAUCCUUCUCUCCCAUCGCAGUGUUUGUGCUCGGGAACGUGGUGGGAUACACCUGGUGUAACUUUUCCUUUUUUGCCUUCUGGAUCCUGACAGGAAACAGUUGCUGUAAUGUAAUUAUCUACAGUGUUAGGGACCAUCGCUUUAGGAAGGGUGUGAGCUUGCUCUUUCAGCGAGACCACUCCCUUCCACAUGGCGAGAAGUCCUGA